AUGACGGAACAUAAUGAACAAGCCGCUAGUAUUGAGCAAGGCGAACCAAAUACAGCGCUCCAAACCGAGAAAUCGAAACCGUCAGAAAAAGCACAGCAAGAAGAAGAAGAAGAUGUUAGCGGAUGCCCCAAACUCUGGAAUGCUUUCGUGAAAUUCUAUUUCAAGAAUGAAUUCAUAAUGCAAGUAGUCAUUGCAAUUCUUUUGGCUCGGGCAUACCCUCCACUUGGAGCUGACUACCUUCAACCUCAGAUUACUGCUACCUGGAUCUGUGUUGUCUUUAUUUUCAUCUUGGCGGGACUUGGUCUCAAGACGGAAGAAUUCAAAAAGGCAUUCCAACGAUUCUCUUUCAACGCGUCGGUCCAAGUCUUUAAUUUUGGGGUCGUGUCAUCGUUGGUAUUUGGUAUCAGCCGGGGCUUGGUAUCGCUCGAUGUUAUUCCCCAGGCCCUCGCCGAUGGCAUGGUAGUCUGCGCCUCUUUGCCAUUGACCAUUAAUAUGUGUUUGGUUUUGACCAAAUCGGCAGGCGGUGACGAAGCCUCAGCCAUUUUCAAUGCUGCCUUUGGCAACAUGCUUGGAGUUUUUCUCAGUCCCAUCUUGAUCUUAGCCUAUUUGGGAGUUUCAGGAGAUGUGGACUUGUUCAGUGUCUUUUACAAGCUCGCGCUGAGAGUAGUCCUACCUGUGUCCAUUGGUCAAGUCUUGCAAAAGUGCUCCCCAAAGGUUGUUGCUUUUGUCAAGGAAUACAAGCCGCGUUUCAAAAAGGCUCAGCAACUGGCCUUAGUUUUUAUUGUUUAUACUGUCUUCUGCCGAACCUUUUCGAAAGACGACGACGAUGUCAAGGUCGGCGACAUUUUCAUCAUGAUUGCAAUUCAAUUCUGCUUAUUGUGUCUCGUCAUGGCCCUCUCGUGGGUCUACUUGAAGGCCCUCUUCCCAAAAGAACCAACCUUGCGGGUGAUGGGACUCUUUGGAUGUACUCACAAGACUGUGGCCAUGGGAGUACCGCUCAUCAAUGCCAUCUACGAAAGCGACAUCAACGUUGGUUUGUACACCUUACCACUCCUGAUUUGGCACCCUAUGCAACUCGUGCUCGGUAGCUACUUGUCACCCCGUCUAGCAGAGUGGGUAGAGAACGAAAAGGCUCGAUUGGAACAAGAAGGUGGACAAGGAGGUGAUGCGGCGGAAAGGGAUGAAGAGGGAGUGAAGGAACCCAGCCAAGGUGACACAAAGAAUGAUGCACUAGGAUCCACAGCGGCUAACUUCUCCAACGGCAAAGGCAAGAAUACUGGCAAGGAUCCGUCUGUGGAUGCUAAGGAGUACGACGAAUCAUCCGAGUGCUAA